AUGAACUCAUCAUCAGUUAGGGAAACAAGUUAUAUUAAUACUAGCAACUUCAUUAGUCGCAAAACUUCUUUUGUGCCAGAAACAAAAGGGGUUAUAAAUUCUCCUAUUAGUUAUAUUACAAGAUGCUUUCAAAAAGCAUCUAUUUUGCUUGGGAGUCAAAGAGAAACUUUUCAUGGAAACAUUAUUCAAUUCUCGUUUGCUGAACUGGAAAAUGCCACUGAAAACUUUUCAGCUUCCAAUCUUAUUGGAUUAGGUGGAAGUAGUUAUGUCUACCGUGGUCAACUGAAAAAUGGUAGUAAUGUGGCAGUCAAGCGACUUAAAGUUCAAGGAGGACCUGAAGCAGACACUGAGUUUUUCACUGAGAUUGAACUAUUGUCUAGACUUCAUCAUUGUCAUCUGGUGCCAUUGAUUGGAUACUGCUCAGAAUUAAAAGGAAAAAAUGUUCAGAGAUUACUAGUGUUUGACUACAUGAGUAACGGAAAUUUGAGGGACCGUUUAGAUGGAAUUUUCGGAAAAAAUAUGGAUUGGUCUACUCGUGUUACAAUUGCAUUAGGAGCUGCAAGGGGCUUGGAGUAUCUUCAUGAGGCGGCUGCUCCAAGAAUUCUCCACAGAGAUGUCAAAUCAACAAACAUUCUUCUCGAUAAAAACUGGCAAGCAAAAAUAACUGAUCUUGGUCUGGCUAAAGACUUGAGAUCUGAUGACCUCCGUAGCUGUUCAGAUUCUUCGGAAAGAAUGAAAGGGACAUUUGGCUAUUUUGCACCUGAGUAUGCAAUUGUCGGGAGAGCCUCUAUUGAAUCUGAUGUCUUCAGUUUUGGGGUGGUUCUUCUUGAGCUUAUCACUGGUCGCCAACCAAUCCUUAGAUCUGCAGGCAAAGAAGAAAGCCUUGUUGUAUGGGCUACUCCUCGCUUACGGGAUAGUAGACGAGUAAUGACAGAGUUGGCUGAUCCACAAUUGAAAGGAAACUUCCCAGAAGAUGAAGUGCAUAUAAUGGCAAACCUAGCAAAGGAAUGCUUACUGUUGGAUCCUGAUAAUAGACCAACUAUGAGUGAAGUUGUUCUAAUUCUAUCAAGCAUUUCCCGAACCAGAUCUAGAAGAAGAAGAUACAUUCAAUUGUGCCUUUUUCAGGAACCAGAGGAUGCAGAGAAGACAAGACAAGCUUCAUGGAGAAGAUUUCCACCUCAUAAUUCAUUGCCACGUGGUACUGACUACAAUCCCCGUGUUGAAAACGAAGAUAAAAGUGUAGAUACAAUUUCAACAGAGUAUAUGAAGAGUUUGAUCCUCUUGACUUCAAAAGGUGAGAGUUGGCAUGCAUCAGACGAAGACAUGGUAGACCUGUCGGAGCCUCGGUUGGAAUCAUUUUCCAUGACAAACAUCAAUUUCCCUUGA